GGUUUCGAGAGCACUAAGGAAACAUAGCACUUUGUUGUUGUAAGUGAUCUGAGAGGGAAGAGGAAGAAGGAAGCAAUUAGCAAUGGCAUACAUGAGCAUGGGGGAAGCCCAUAGAAGGAUCAUCGACUUUCUGAAUCGGUUUUCCGACGCUGUUUCUUCCCAAGACGGUGCUUCCUUCAAGUCUCUCUUCGCUAUCUCCUCCAAUUCGCACUUCCUUCUUUCUCUCGCCGACGCACUCAACCUCUUCCAGGACGCCAAUAGACUCAUCAACCACUCCGAUAACUACUCUCAGUUCUCAGACAUCCUUCUUCCUCUUUUCCGAUCCCUCCAAUACUACAGACAAAACAACUUGCUUGAAGCCUAUCACGCUUUUGAAAAAACUGCCAAUGCGUUUAUCCAGGAGUUUCGCAAUUGGGAUUCCGCAUGGGCUCUGGAAGCUUUGUACGUCAUCGUUUACGAUAUUAGGGUUCUUGCUGAGAAGGCCGAUAAAGAGUUGGCUUCAAAUGGGAAAUCUCCCGAGAAGUUGAAAGGCGCCGGUUCUUUCCUUAUGAAAGUUUUUGGCGCCCUUGCGGGAAAAGGCUCUAAGCGUGUUGGAGCAUUAUAUGUAACUUGUCAGUUAUUCAAGAUUUACUUUAAGCUUGGUACUGUUCACCUUUGCCGCAGUAUAAUUAGAAGCAUUGAAACUGCACGCAUAUUUGAUUUUGAGGAAUUUCCUAAAAGAGACAAGGUCACUUACAUGUACUAUACCGGUCGUCUCGAAGUUUUCAAUGAAAAUUUUCCUGCUGCUGAUUAUAAAUUAUCAUAUGCCUUGAAGCAUUGCAACCCACAGAGUGAAGCCAAUAUAAGGUUGAUUCUUAAACAUCUAAUUCCAGUGAAGCUUUCAAUAGGCAUAUUACCUAAACAUUGGCUCUUGGAGAAGUACAAGCUACUUGAGUACAGUAAUAUUGUACAGGCUCUAAGAAGGGGUGAUCUUCGACUUCUUCGGUGUGCUCUCCAAGAUCAUGAGGACCGGUUCUUGAGGUCAGGUGUAUAUCUUGUCCUAGAGAAGUUAGAACUUCAAGUGUACCAGAGAUUAGUAAAGAAGAUUUACAUCAUUCAAAAGCAGAAGGACCCAAGCAAGGCUCACCAGGUGAAGUUGGAGGUUAUUGUUAAGGCAUUGAAAUGGCUUGAAAUUGACAUGGAUGUGGAUGAGGUAGAGUGUAUAAUGGCCAUUCUGAUAUAUAAGAACCUCGUGAAAGGUUACUUUGCCCACAAAAGCAAAGUGGUUGUAUUGAGCAAGCAAGACCCUUUCCCUAAAUUAAAUGGAAAACCUGUCAAUUCAUAGGGACAACGCCGUUCAUGAUUCUAAAAUUCAGAGGGGCAAGAAAGUGUGGUAAUGGUAGGGUAAAUUUGCGAUAUAUUUUUCAGCCAUAAGUUUAUUGCUUCGUUCGAGAAUUACCCCAAAUGUGUUCUACUCAUUAAAACAUCAUAGCACUAUUUCAGUUUUAAAGCAAGCUACUUUAUCUUGGCUAACUCUUACAAAUUGUAUGGUAGUUUAGUUACCUCUUGUAGUGUUGUAUGCUGCAUAAUUGCUAUCAGUGGAAGCAAAAGAUAGUGACCUCAUUGCAACAACCUCUUUUAAGUUAUGGCUAUUAUUAUUGUUAUUGUCGAU